AUGAUCAAGCACAAUCCCUUCAACAUCCUCCGUCAAGGUUGCUCACCGCCGUCGAAGACCUUCGGACGCGCUGCCUUCGCGACCAUGAGUGGAAGUGCAGCGCCGGCAAACUCAACCGAGGUAUCGUACUGCGAUAAACGAUACAACGCGAUUCGAGAGGGAUCGGUAACAAUUCUCACUCCUCUUAGCAGCAAGCCUCAAAAUGUCUUUUACAACCCCAUCCAGCAAUAUAACCGCGACCUUAGCGUAUUGGCAGCAAGGGUAUUUGCUGAGGAUUUCAUACAUAUAAAGCAUCAGAGGGAGCAGAGGAAGCCACAAGAGCCAAAGGGAAGGAAGAGAAAGAGAGGGGUUGAUAUUGAAAGCAAAGACAACAUCAAUGGAGAUGCUCCCCGGAAAGAAGUUGCAGGAAAAGAGGAAGCAGUACAGAAUGAAAGAUCUGAAACGGCCACGGUGGAUGCCGGUCGCCUGGCACAAUCACCUGUCGUUUGUCAAGCUCUCGAUGCCAUACCUACAGGGCCCAAGCCUAAGCAUCAGCUAAGGAUACUGGACGCCCUUUCAGCUACUGGGUUACGUGCUCUCCGAUAUGCUAAAGAAUUACCCAUGGCAACAUCUAUCACAGCGAACGACAUGUCGCAAUCUGCUGCAGAUGCUAUCAAAUUGAAUGUACAAUAUAACGAUGUUCAACACAUAAUACAGACCUCCAGAUCAAAUGCCGUGGAACAUCUGAAUCAUGCCUCUAGCCAUUCUCAAGCCCCUUACGAUAUUAUAGACCUCGAUCCGUAUGGUACUGCAGCUCCCUUCCUGGAUGCUGCCGUGAGAGCAGUAACAGAUGGCGGUAUGCUUUGCGUCACAUGUACAGAUGCCGGCGUCUUUGCAUCGACCGGAUACUUAGAGAAAACCUUUUCACAGUAUGGCGGCAUACCAAUACAAGGACCUCACUCGCACGAAGGAGGGUUGCGGCUUAUCCUGCAGUCGAUUGCCACAGCGGCCGCUAAGUACGGUAUUGCUAUUGAGCCACUCUUGUCUCUGUCCAUUGACUUCUACGCUCGUGUUUUUGUGCGGGUGCGCCAGUCUCCUAGUGACGUGAAACAUCUAGCCAGCAAGACGAUGAUUGUGUAUAGCUGUGAUGCAGGAUGCGGAGCGUGGUCGACGCAACAUUUUGCCCAAUCCAAAGAGAAGAUUGACAAGAAAGGUAACACCAUCUAUCAGUUCAAGUCAGCUUUGGGACCGCCAUCUGAUCCAAAAUGUGAACAUUGUGGCUUCAAGACUCACCUGGCAGGCCCAAUGUGGGGUGGUCCGUUACACAACCCGCACUUCAUCCAACGAAUUCUUGGAAUGCUACCAACGCUCGAUGACACGCAGUACGGAACACUAGCAAGGCUGGAAGGUAUGCUAACCAUUGCACUUGAUGAGGAUCUCGGUGACUCGAUCGAGCCUACGAUUGACAGCAGGUCUUCAUCGGCGGGGCAAGACUCAGUCAAUAUUGUAACCUCCGAUGGAGGUGUUAAAGACAAGCAGGUGAAUGGCAUUCCAAACAAUGCGGCCGUACGACCUAUCCCACCUAUGCAUGCUUCAAGCCGCGCGCUUCAUCCUUUUUUCUUCAUACCCACACAACUCGCAGGUGUAAUCCACUGCGUAUGCCCCCCUGACUUGGCGAUCCGUGGUGCCCUCCGCCAUCUAGGCUACAGAGUCAGCCGCUCACACGCCAAGCCAGGCAGUAUUGUCACAGAUGCAUCGUGGGCAGUCAUCUGGGAGAUCAUGCGGGAGUGGGUACGACAGAAGGCUCCCAAGAAGAACGCGCUCAAAGCAGGGACUGCCGGCAAAGGGAUUAUGAGCCACGACCGUAGCGAAGUUGCUCUACGGAAGACCAAGGAUAGAUUACGGGAUGCACUGCGAUGUGAUGACGAGGAGCAGAUCAAAGAGAAGCUGCAAGCUCUCCUCUUUCAGAUGGACAGCAAGUCUCGUAACGAAGCAUCAAGUGAUGGCGCAGUCACUGAGUUGACAGAGGUUCACAAAGAGAGGGUGACUUUGGAUGUAUCAAAGCUGAAGAUUGUCUUCGACGAGCAGCUCGGAAAGCAAGCUCAGGGCAAGAAGUUAUUAAAUUAUCAGCGGAACCCAACGGUCAACUGGGGUCCGAUGGUAAAAGCCAAAGACGGGCCUUGA